AUGCUUCGUGCCUCAGGAUCGUUCGCCCGCUCGCUCGCCGCCUCGUCGCGCGCCUCUGCCCGCCUCACCAACAGCGCCGCCUCCCUCGCUCACUCGUCGUCGUCGCCCGCUCACCGCCUCGGCUCGACCAGCGCGGCGUUCUCAACUGCAGCGAGUCAGGCAGGAGGGGUGUCUAUCGCGCGGCACUACAGGGCUGAGGGAGCUGUGACGGGUGUUGUCCGAGGAGAGGGGCGGCGGAUGGCGAGUUCGACGACAGGUGGAGGGGUGCAGUCUGCGUACGACAACCUCCGCCCUGCGCCUGACAUGGCCAUCUCUCCAGAGCAGCGCAUCAAGGUCCAGAACCCCAUCGUCGAGAUGGACGGAGACGAGAUGACCCGCAUCAUCUGGCACAAGAUCAAGAAGGACCUCAUCCUCCCCUUCCUCGACGUCGACAUCAAGUACUACGACCUCGGACUCGAGUACCGCGACCAGACCGACGAUCAGGUCACGGUCGACGCCGCCGAGGCCAUCCUCAAGUACGGCGUCGGCGUCAAGUGCGCGACGAUCACCCCGGAUGAGGCCCGCGUCGAGGAGUUCAAGCUCAAGAAGAUGUGGAAGUCCCCGAACGGCACGAUCCGCAACAUUCUCGGCGGCACCGUCUUCCGCGAGCCGAUCAUCGUCCAAAAGGUUCCCAAGGCCGUCCCCGGCUGGACCAAGCCCAUCAUCGUCGGCCGCCACGCGUUCGGUGACCAGUACCGCUCGACCGACAUUGUCGUCCCCGAGGCGGGCAAGCUCGAGCUCGUCUACACGCCGGACGACAAGUCGAAGCAGCCCACCAACCUCGAGGUGUUCCACUUCAAGGGCCCGGGAGUCGGACUCGCCAUGUACAACACGAAGCAGAGCAUCACCGACUUUGCGCAGAGCUCGUUCAAGCUCGCGAUUGAGAAGAAGUUGCCGUUGUACAUGUCGACCAAGAACACGAUCCUCAAGGGCUACGACGGUCAGUGGAAAGACACGUUCCAGCAGAUCUACGACACCCAGUACAAGGCCAAGUUCGAGGAGCUCGGCAUCUGGUACGAGCACCGCCUGAUCGACGACAUGGUCGCCCAGAUGAUCAAGUCCUCGGGCGGGUACAUCAUGGCCCUCAAGAACUACGACGGCGACGUGCAGUCGGACGUGGUCGCUCAGGGCUUCGGCUCGCUCGGCCUCAUGUCUUCGGAACUCGUCACGCCCGACGGCAAGAUCAUCGAGUCGGAGGCCGCGCACGGGACCGUCACGCGCCACUACCGCGAGCACCAGAAGGGCAACGAGACCUCGACGAACAGUAUCGCUUCGAUCUACGCGUGGACUCGCGGGUUGAAGUUUGCGGGCAAGCGGGAUGGGAACGAGCGCCUGGUGCAGUUUGCGAACGACAUGGAGCAGGCGUGUGUGGAUGCGGUCGACAUUGACGGGGUCAUGACCAAGGAUUUGGCGCUGAGCAUCCACGGCAAGAACAUGAAGCGGGAACAUUACGUUUUGACGCUUGAGUACCUUGACCACAUUGCCGCCAAGGUCACCGAAAAGUUCCUCGCCAACGCUCCCAAGCUCUAG